AUGUCAGCAGCUGAGAGAAAAAAGUCGUUGAUUACGGUGCAUAAUCAACGAAAACAGAGUCAGGGUAAGCGAAUUGCUUUUAGGCUUUGAGUCCACAAAAAUUGAAAUUAAUAUCUCAUGAUAGACUGUUGGCAAAUUAUUCUAAUUUUCAAAAAUUAUGCAUUGCUCAUCGUAAAGGUUUCUAGGAAUUCUUAAAGUUACUAGGUUUUGGUAAGUGGUUUUGGGUCCCAAAAAUUGAAACUGCUCAUGUUAGAUUAUGCUAGCUUUUUGCAUUUCUAAAAAUCAUUGCUCAUAUUAAAUUUCAUAUUGCUCAUACUAUAAAGUGUUUCAUGAAAUUUGAUAUAAAUUUUUUUUAAAUAAAAAAUCCUGGCUGAUUUUUGAGCUUCUAAAAAUAUCAUUGCUCAUGUUUUAAAUAUUUUUCCGAAAUUUUAUAACAUUGCUCAUAUUAGUUUUCUAAGCUAACUAUAAAUUAUCUUUUUUUCUGCGAACUUUUCUUUUCAAAAAGUUCAAAAGAAACUUUCAAUUUUCAUUUUCAAAGUUCAUUUUUUGAAUUCUGAAAAUCUGAAAAUCCACGUGGCAUUUCUCUCAGUUUUCGGCAAAAAUCCACAAUUUUUGCUCAAAUCCCCGGAAACCCAUAAAAAAUCAUUGCUCAUAUUAUCAAAAAAAAAUUUUUUUUUUGAAUAGCGAUUUUUUGUCGCUCAAAAAAAAAGAAGAAAAAUCAUUGCUCAUAUUAUUUUUAUUUCUAAAUUCUAGGAAAAUAUUGCUCAUAUUAGGAAAAUUUGAAGCAUUGCUCAUAUUAACCCUACAUAUUUCUUUCAGUUGCCAAAGCGGCGGUGCUCUCAUCGGCCAUGUUGGCCCGCAAAAACUCGUCUUCCCGCUCCGGGCCGGGCCCCGGCGGAGGAAGUUCGGGCUCCGCUCAAUUCGGAGCCCGCGAAUCGAUAGCUGCAAUUUCAGACAUGCUCAACACACAAAACAAGAAGCCGAUUAGAAGUAGUGAGCGGGAAUUUUAAAAAAUCAAAAAAAAAAAAAUUAAUUUCAGGUUACGUGGAAAGUGAGCGCCUUGAGACAGCGCUAAAAAUUGCCUGUACAAUUUCACUGGUUACGGUAUGUGCCUUUGAAAAACUCUUCAAAAAUUCCCCAAAACAAAUUUCAGGUCUGUUUGAACACCCCGGAAACUAUCAAACUCUUCUGGCCCCUUAAUUAUGUGAUACUUUUUGCCGAUUUCAUUUCGGUAGUGGUUUUUAUGUUCGAUUCGGUGUUAAGGAUUUAUUACGAGGGUGGAUUUAAGGUAACUUAACUGAAAAAAUUUUGAGCUAUAAAUCUGGAAAUUUUCAGUACAAUUCUUCAUAUUUAUCAAAUCGCUGGUCACAAUUUUCAGUUUUUAUAUCAAUUAUUCAUCUUUUAUCAUUUCUUCUACACGUUUAUCAGAUUUUGGGUGAGUUAAAAAGGCUUAGAAACAUUUUUAAAAUUAUUUUCAGACGAACUUUUCCCAUCACUUGGCCGAACUUAUAAAAUUUGGUACGGCGCGAUUCGAUCGAUUAGGCCUUUCAUUAUUAUUCGAAUGAUUCCGUUGAUUGUCAAGUUUAAAUUGCCAAAAAAUCGUAUUGAGCAAUUGUUGAAGUAAGUUAUAUUGCUCAUUUCAAACUUUUUUUUGAAUUUUUCGAAAAUCUCAAUUUUUGUUGAAAACAUUACUCAUGUUAAUACUAUUUAAGCCACGCACUUUUCUUAGAGUUCAAAAAUAAAUAUAUUUGCUUGACAACUCCAGCAUUUAGGAAGGAUCGAAUAUUUUUUAGAUAAUUCUUUGAAGCCCAACAAGUCCCCACAUUUUGUUAGAAGUUUAAAAUAAACUAACUUGUAUUUUUGGCCACUUCAAAAUCUUAUCAUACGAUUCGAUGCCUUCCUGACAAUUUUCUUCAUACAUUUCCCAAUAACUUUGAAAAUCCUCAUUCGUCAUAUGAAUCCAAUCCUUUUCGCUCGAAUCGUCCAAUUCUUUGUCGAGCGAGUUUUGUAGGCUUUCCUGAAAAGCUCAAUAUAUUUUUUAUUUGAAAAAUGAAAAAAAAACAAAAACUCACUUAUCAUUCUCGGCGUCGUAGGUUUUUCGAAAAACUGCCGAGAGGAACAAUUCCCAAAUAAUCAGAAAUAAUCCUCCCAUUUUGUUGUCAUUUUCACCUGAAAAUGAAAAUUUCUAUGACACGUGUUAUAAGCUCACAGGUAACUCGGAACAAAACGAAAAAAAAAUUGUCCGAGAGAAGUACACGAACACUUGGCCUAGGAAACCAAACAUCGGCCAUCUAUUUUAUUUUCGAAAACAAUAAUGACAACAAGAAAACGUUGAAAAAUCGGCAAAAAUGCGAUUUUCCAUUGAAAAAAGACAAACGAGCAAACGCGCUCUAGCGAAACGAGAGAUUUUUCGAGAAGAGACGCAGACACGUCGGUUUGUGGAUAUAAAAUUUGAAAUUUUUUUCUUUUUUUUUGCGAAAAAAACGUGUGUUCGCUAGCCUCAUUUCAAUCAUUUUUAGAAAAUGCUGGCCAACCAAAAAUCCAAUUUUUCAGACGCUCCUCACAGCAAGUCAAAAAUGUCACGCUAUUCUUCGUGUUCUUCAUGACACUCUACGCCAUCUUCGGCAUUCAAUUAUUCGGUCGAAUGGAUUAUCACUGCGUUCGACACGGCACAAAUACCAGCAAUGUGACGAUUCAAGACCUGGCAAUACCUGACACAAUGUGCUCACCGGAUAAUAUCAGUGGAUAUGUUUGCCCGGAGCCGAUGGUUUGUAAACAGUUGAAUUUGAAUGCGAAAGGCGAGGGGUUUUAUGGAAUGUUCAAUGAUUUUGGAGCCAGUGUAUUUACUGUAUAUUUGGCGGCGAGUGAAGAAGGAUGGGUCUAUGUUUUGUAUGAUUGUAUGGAUUCGUUACCCUCUUAUUUGGCGUUUUUAUAUUUUUGUACAUUGAUUUUCUUCCUGGCUUGGCUAGUUAAGGUGAGCCUAAUUUGAGUGGAAAUUUUUCUAAAAAUUGCAUCUUUCAGAACGUGUUUAUUGCCGUUAUCACCGAAACAUUCGCUGAAAUUCGUAUUCAAUUCAGUGAAAUGUGGCAGAAAAAAGAGGUCACUUUGGACGAGGAAUUUAGAAGAAGAUUGGAGAAAACUGACGAGGGAUGGCGGUUGAUUCGAUUGGAUCGGGAUGUUGAUCCGCAAGGGCCGAAGCAGAAAUUGCAGUUGGUGAGGAAAAAUAUCCCUUUUUCGUCUCGCCUCUCUUACUCUCGUUUUCCGUACUAACAAGGGAAGUGCAUGAGGUCAGGUGUUUGAACUUUUGAUGAAACAUUUCGAAAUAUACCAAAUCGACCAUGGUGAUCACGAUUCCGAAGUCAAAAUUUGCCACAAAUGCCUGUGAGCACUUUUCUAGAGCUCCAAAGUUAGAAUUGACCAUUUUCACCAUGUUCCUGGGUGGAAAAUCAAUUUUUAUAACUUGAAAGGUUGUUCAUCACAUUCGAAAACCUAUCAGUUUUUCAAAUAAUAUUAAAAACCAGCUGAAAACUGUAAUUUAAAAAAAAAGUCCUCAAAAUGCCACACGUGUUUCAAAGUUUUUUGGGAAUUUUUAAAAAUUACAGUUUUCAGCUGAUUUUUAAUAUUUUUCGAAAAGCUGAUAGGUUUUCGAAUGUGAUGAAAAACCUUAUCCAAGUUAUAAAAAUUGAUUUUCCACCCUGGAACAUGAAAACCAAAACUCAAUUCUAACUUUGGAGCUCCAGAAAAGUGCUCACAGGCAUUUGUUGCAAUUUUUGACUUCGGAUUCGUGAUCAGCAUCGUCGAUUUGGUAUAUUUCGAUAUGUUGUUCAACGCCUGACCUCAUGCCCUUUUCUUAUAAAAAGUUAGGAUAACUUUGCUCUGGGUCUGUCCUCCUAAAAACUUCCUCUAUCUCCAGAUGCUGCGAAGUAUGUAUUUCCAAUGUUUUGUCAUCAUUUUCGUUGUCCUAAACGCAAUCGCCAACGCAAUGUUCGUCUAUAAACACGAUGAAAGUGACGCGGAGCGAAAAAAAGUGUUGUACUUGGUCGAAGUCGGUUUCACAAUUCUCUUCAAUUUCGAAUGCCUCAUCAAAAUCCUCUGUUAUGGAUUUCGCAAUUUUAUUCGAAGAGGAAUCUUCAAAUUCGAAUUGAUUUUAUGUGUCGGAAGUUCGUUGAAUAUUGUCAAAGUUUUCUAUGAGCGCAAUUAUUUCACGUAUUUUCAAACUUUUCGAUUGCUCAGGUUAAUCAAAGCUUCACCGAUUUUGGAGGAUUUUGUAUGGAAGGUAGGGGAACCUAGGAAGAAGAAAAUCAAUCAAAAUUCCCAAUUUUGCAGAUUUUUAGCCCUGGAAAAAAGCUGGGAGGUCUCGUCAUUUUCACAAUCGCAUUCAUUUGUUGCUGCUCAGCAAUCUCACUUCAAUUAUUCUUCUCCGUUCCAAAAUUGGAAUAUUUUCGAACUUUUCCCAAUGCUUUUAUGUCAAUGUUUCAAAUUAUAACACAAGAAGGUUGGACGGAUUUUGUGGUAGAAGUUUUGCGAGCAACUGAUGAUGCAUUGGUGCCAUUUGUUGCACUCUAUUUUGUCGCAUAUCAUUUGUUUGUUACGUUGGUGAGUUUUUGGUAUUGCUUAUGUUAAGAGCGUUAUUUUGAACCUAAAUAAGCUAUUGCUCAUGUUAAGAGCAUGAUUUUUAACCUAAAAAUAGUGUUGCUCGUGUUAAGAGCAUAAUCUUGAAAUUAAAAUUAGUGUUGCUCAUGUUAAUAACGUUAUUUUGAAUCUAAACACUCUAGUGUUGCACAUCUUAACCGCUUUACUACUCAAAUUUCCCGCAUUGCUCAUAUUAAAAAUUUUGCAGAUUGUGCUGAGUCUAUUCGUCGCCGUAAUUUUGGAUAACUUGGAAAUGGACGAAGAAUUGAAGAAAGUGAAACAACUAAAAGCUCGUGAAGCCACAACUUCAAUGAGAUCAACACUUCCGUGGAGGCUGAGGGUUUUUGAGAAAUUUCCCACGCGACCCCAAAUGUCAGCUAUGAAAAAGUGAGUUGGACUAACUUUUUUUGAUCUAAAAACCGAAUUUUCGCAGAGCUGACAGCGAUUUUCCGAUGCCAAAAGUUCGUGGAAGUUUCACGCAUCAAUUCGCCGCCGAACAAUACACCGAUUCCACCGACACCGCUCUAACAGAUGGUGAAAUGGAGACGACGAAACGGCUGAUUUGCCGCCGCCCGCCACCACCAAUUUCCACACGAAAAAUGACGCAGAAAGACGAUUUGGCAUUCCGCCAAAUUGGUGGAAGCUCGUUGAGAUGUAGUUUGAAUAAUUUGUUGGAGUGAGUGGUUUUUUUCGAGGCUUGGGGAGUCUGGGGAACUUUUUGGAUUUUCAUUUGUCGAAUGACGUGGCAAGAUUGGAGAUUUGAGGCUCCGCCCACUUUUCUGUGCCCUGAAAUGCAGGAAAAAUGGAUUCAAAAAUUAGAUUUGGCUCCGCCCUCUUCUCUGUGCCCCGAAUUUGCAAAAUCUGAAUUUUGAGGCUCCGCCCUCUUCUCUGUGCCUUGAAUUUGCAAAAUCUGAGAUUUGAGGCUCCUCCUACUUUUCUAUGCUUUGAAGUGCAGAAUUUCCAAAGCACAGAACAAUGGGCGAAGCAUAAUUUCAAAAUUCUAGUGUUUUUGCAAUUUCAGGGCAUAGAAAAAUGGGCGGAGCCUAAUUUCUUUUCAAAAAAUAUCCAGCCUUUUUCUUGCAUUUUAAAGGCACAGAAAAAUGGGCGUGGCCUAGAACAAUAGAGUGUAAAGUCCCAAUUUUUGCCACGUCAUAACUCAUAUAAAUUAGGCUAAAAAUGUUGCAUGGGCAUGAUGGUCCCUCUCCUUUUUCUCUCCCUUUCUAUCUCUCCACUAUAUUUUUCCUGUUUUUCCACCCUGUUUUGCACCCCUCAUUUUCCCCUCGUUUUUCACUCCAGACUAUCCGAUCGAACACGUCAAUCACUCUCCAAUUCGCUCUCGUUUCUACCGCAUUUUACACGGUCUUCUGGAAGUUUGUAUCCGAGAAAAGAUGCGUUGACGUAAGUUUGAUUGGUUUAUUGAUUGAGCAUGUUUUUGUGGAGUUUGGGGAACUUGAAAUUGAAUUAGGCUAACUUGAAAUUGAGCUAGACCAACUCAACUUUGACUUAUCCUAACUAGAACUAUAAACUUUCCAGACAAAAAUAUGCAAAAAUACUCUACACAAAUUUUUCGAAAAGGUUUGACAAGCCUACUUAAAUCAGGCCUAAAAUAACCCGGUUAACAUGAGCAAUCAUCCCCCAAAAUUGUCUGCAUGUCUAACCUGUCUUGCAUGGUUUUUUGUCCUCAAAGAGUGAACUAACGCCUAGCCAAAAUGUUUCCCCCGAUCUUCUCAACCUAAACCAAAUUUUCCAGAAAAUCGAGAUCAAUGACUGGAAAAUUCUUGCAAACGACAACAGUUCGCAACAAACAAUACAACAUGUUCAGCGAGAAUGGCGAUCUGUCACGGCCUUCUGAUUCGGCGCCCAAGAAAAAUGCGAAACAGGGUGAGAUUGAUAUCAGAGCGUUGCAGCAGAAGAGACAGCUGGCUGAGAUUACGAGGUGAGGGGGUUUUUGGGGGGAUUUUCAGAGUUGAGACUUAACAUGAGCAAUGUUUUUUUUAACCUGAACUGAAAAAAGUACUUCCAAAUAUUGCAAAACCCGAGGAAAUCUCAGAUUGAAAUUAUAGUUUUUCAAUAAUUUUUUUCAAACAAUUUUGACCCCAAAAUCCUGAUUCAGGCCUGUGCCGGAAAUUUUCCGAAUUUCCGGAAUUUCCGAUUUUUUUCAAGGAAAAAUCAAUUUUCCGGAAAAUGUGCUCGGAAAAUCCGGAAAAUGAUCUUUAGUAGUAAUAUUUUCAAAAUUGCCUAAAUUUUGAGAAAUUUUCUCAGUUCAAUGAUAGAAAAAAUGAAAUGUUUGGAAUUUUUUUUUCAAUUUUUCAAAUUGUACUAUUUUUUGAACGUAUAACGUCUCAAAUAUGUAGUUAUUAAAUUCCCUGUGAAUAGAAGAAUUGUAGAUAAAAAAGUUUUAGUGCCAACUUCAGGCUGAAAAUCGAAAUUUCUGACUUUGGAGAAUUUUCCGAAUUUUCCGGUUCAAAAAAUCCCGUUCAAUCUGUUUAAAAUGAGCAAUGUUUGUUCCAGAAAUCGAAUCGAAGAAGACAUGCGAGAGAAUCAUCCAUUCUUCGACCGCCCACUUUUUCUCAUCGGAAGAGCUUCUCAAAUUCGAGAAUUUUGCAAAAAACUAGUCCACGCCAAGUACGAUCAUCAAGAUGACACAACAAAUGGUGGAAGUUCGGCGAAGAAAACGAAGAGACGAUUUAAAGGUGAGCACGCAGCGCUUGACCGCGACGCGUCCAACGACACAUUCUUCCAGAAAUCCGUGCACUAAUUGGAAUAAUGCCAUAUAUUGAUUGGGCUAUGGCAACAGUAAUCAUCGUCUCGUGCGUCUCAAUGAUGUUUGAAUCACCGUGGCCAACAACUGGCGAAAAUCUGGUGAUGAAUAAUUGGUAUCUACAAAUCUGUGAUUAUAUUUUUGUGCUCGCCAUGACUCUUGAACUCAGUCUGAAAAUCAUAGCGAAUGGGUUGUUUUUCACACCGAAAGCUGUUGUUAGAGAUGUUGGAGGGUUUAUGUCGCUGUUUAUAUAUUUUGUAAGGUUUUUCACCAUAGCUCCAGAAUUUUAUUCGAUAUUUUGUAGACUUCCCUGAUCUUCUUGAUCUGGAUGCCAAAACAUGUGGAAAUCAAUAGUCUUGCACAAUUUCUGAUGAUUUGUCGAGCGAUGAGACCACUUCGAAUCUACACCCUAGUUCCACACAUCCGAAGAGUUGUUCUCGAAUUUUUCCGAGGUUUCAAAGAAAUUGUAUUGGUCACAAUUCUGAUGAUUGUUGUCAUGUUCAUUUUUGCCAGUUUUGGAGUUCAAAUUGUUGGUGGAAAAUUGGCGGCAUGCAAUGAUCCGACUGUCAAAGAACGAGAGAAUUGUCACGGUGUUUUCUGGCAGAAGUUGUUUGUCACACGGUUGGAAGUUUAUGGAAAAGAUUCGGAUGAAAUGCAUCCGAAGAUAAUGGUGCCGCGGGUUUGGACGAAUCCGAGGAAUUUCAAUUUUGAUCAUGUUGGAAAUGCGAUGCUUGCGCUUUUUGAGACGUUGAGUUUUAAAGGUUGGCAAUUUUUUUGGAGCUAAACAUUUUGAAUUUGAAUUUUUGAAGUUGGCGCUCGAAAAUCUUAAUUCAGUUUUGUUGCGCUAAAAAAUAUACGUGGCAAAAUGUUUGAAAACAUUUGAAUUCAAAGAUUUUGCCACCAAAUUAAAAAAAAUUGCGCGAAAAAUUAGAAAUUUGAAUUUUUGAAUUUGGAGCCAAAAAAAUAUUAAUUGAGUUUAAAAUCCACGUGUUAAGGGUUAAAAAUCCACGCGUUAAGAAUUUUGAAUUCAAAUAUUUUGACGCCAAAUUUUUAAUGAAAAUUUUUUGGAGCUUAAAAUUUGGGAUUCAAACUUCUAAAGUUGGUGAGAAAAUCCACGUGGCAAUAUUUCUAAAAAAAAUCAUUUUUGGGGCGAAAAAAUCUGGAAAAACUUUACAAGCCACGUCACAUCAAAUCACAAGCCACGUCAUUUUGCGCGAAAAAUUAGAAAUUAUAAUUUUUGAAUUUGGAGCCAAAAAAUCUUGAUUUACUUUUGUGACGCUAAAAAUCCACGUGUUGAGAAUUUGAAUUCAAACAUCUUACCACCAAAUUUAAAAAAAAAUUGCGCGAAAAAUUAGAAAUUUGAAUUUUUGAAAUUGAUGCAAAAAUCCACGUGGCAAUCUUUCUCAAAAAAUAGUUUUUUGGAAUAAAAAAUCUGGAAAAAUUUUUAAAAGUAGCCACGUGGCAAAAAAACUCACUAUCUUCUGAAAUUCUCAUCAUUUUCAGGCUGGAAUGUGAUCCGCGACAUCUUAUCAACCCGCCAUGGCCCCUGGGCUGUUGUAUUCAUCCACAUCUAUGUCUUCACUGGUUGUAUGAUUGGCCUAACUCUCUUUGUCGGUGUUGUCAUCGCAAACUACACACAAAAUCGAGGAACCGCCCUUCUUACUGUAGAUCAAAGAAGAUGGCAUGAUCUAAAAGCUCGUCUCAAAAUGGCACAACCUCUUCACGUUCCACCAAAACCUUCCGAAUCAGCCAGACUACGAACUAUGACUUAUGAAUUGACUAUGAGUCGAGGAUUCAAUCAAUUAUUUGCACUUCUUGUGGUUCUCAAUAGUUUCACUUUGGUUAUCCCAUGGAAUGUGGAAGAAGCUGAUAAACAAGAAGCUUUUCUGAUAACGGUCACAGUUAUCAGUGGAAUUAUCAAUAUUCUAUUUUGCAUUGAGAUCAUCUUGAAAAUCAUCGCCUACACAUUCAGCGGCUUCUGGCAAAGUCGCCGAAAUCGUGUCGAUCUUUUGAUCACAAUUCUCGGAGUUGUCUGGAAUUUUCUGCAUUUUUUCGUGGCUCGCGCGGCAACUGAAAAAUGCACAGUGAUUUGUAACUACACCUUCACUUUUGGCUAUCUUGUCGUCAUUUUGAGAUUUUUCACAAUUGCCAGCCGCAAUUCAACGCUCAAGAUGUUGAUGUUGACUGUGAUUAUGAGCAUGUUCCGAUCAUUCUUCAUCAUCACCGCGUUAUUUUUACUGGUCCUUUUCUAUGCUUACACUGGAGUUAUACUAUUUCCAAUGGUGAAAUAUGGAAUGGCUGUGAGUAAACAUGUGAAUUUUCGGACGGCUUCUGAAGCGCUGGUCGUACUUUUUCGAUGUUUGACUGGAGAGGAUUGGAAUGAUAUUAUGCAUGAUUGUAUGGUAAGUUUUUUCUAUCCUGACAGGGGAACUUUUGAUGAAACAUAUCGAAAUAUACCAAAUCGACCAUGCUGAUCAUGAUUCCGAAGUCAAAAUUUGCCACAAAAGCCUGUGAGCACUUUUCUGGAGCUCCAAAAUUUGAAUUUCACCAUGUUCCAGAUGUAAAAUCAAUUUUUAAAACUUGAAUAAAGUUUUUCGUCACAUACCAGCUGAAAACUUCAAUUUUUUAAAAAAGUCCUGAAAAUGCCACACGUUUUUGUGAAUUUUUAAAAAUUACAUUUUUCAGCUGGUUUUUAAUAUUUUUUGAAAAGCUGAAAGGUUUUCGAAUGUGAUGAAAAACCUCAUUCAAGUUAUAAAAAUUGAUUUUCCACCCUGGAACAUGGUGAAAAUGGACGAAAACCAAAUAACUUUGGAGCUCCAGAAAAGUGCUCACGGGCAUUUGUGGCAAAUUUGUGGCAAAAAAUGGGGACCUAAAAUUAAGUUGACACGUGGGGGCUCAAAAUGAUAGUGGUGGGGACCUUUUUUCCGAAAUACCCUAUGAUCGAAAUAAAAGCCCCCAACUCUAUUAAAAUUAUGUGAAAAUAGGCCCCCACAUACAAAUAUAAGUCCCACCCCAAUAUAGGUCCCCAUCCAAAAAUAAGUCCCCACAUAAUCAUUUUAGGUCCCCAUUUCCAUUGAGUGGGGACUCGGUGGGGACUUUUACUUGUUGGUGGGGGCUUACUUUGAGGUGGGGGGCUAUUCUGCGAUUCACCCAAAUUUUGACUUCUAAUUCUUGAUCAGCAUGGUUGAUUUGGUAUAUUUCGAAAUGUUUUAUCAAAAGUUCCCUUGUUAACUUUCCACGUCAUAACUCACCUCUUUCCAGCGAUCCGCUCCAUUUUGCUAUUGGUCCGAAGGAAUGAAUUAUUGGGAAACAGAUUGUGGUAAUUACUACGGAGCAAUCAUCUAUUUCUGCUCAUUCUACCUCAUCAUCACCUACAUUGUUCGCAAUCUUCUCGUCGCUAUUAUCAUGGAGAACUUCUCGUUGUUCUACUCAUCCGAAGAAGAUGCUCUACUCUCAUAUGCCGACAUUCGAAACUUCCAAUAUGUAUGGAAUAUGGUGGAUCAAGAGCAGAAGCGAACGAUACCCGUGGGAAGAGUGAAAUUCUUGUUGAGAUUGUUGAAGGGGAGGUUGGAAGUGGAUCCGGAGAAGGAUCGGAUAUUGUUUAAGCAUAUGUGUUAUGAGAUGGAUCGAUUGCAUAAUGGAGAGGAUGUUUCUUUUCACGAUGUUUUGUAGUUAGUUUUUUUUUGGGAGGGGGGGGUUAGGGGGGAAUUUUUACGCAGAUUGUCAGGCCUGUGCCGGAAAUUUUUCGGAUCUUUAGUAGUAAUAUUUUAACAAAUUGCCUAAAUUUUGGGGAAUUUUCUCAGUUUAUGAUAGAAGAAAUGAAAUUUUUGGAAUUUUUUUCAAUUUUUCAAAUUUUACUAUUUUUUUGAACGUAAAACGCCUGUAAAUAGAAGCAUUGUAGAUACAAUUAAGUUUUAGUGCCAACUUCAGGGUGAAAAUCGAAAUUUCAGACUUUGGAAAGUUUUUCGAAUUUUGAUUUUCCGGCACAGACCUGGUCUGCGUUAAGGCCGUGCAUAUUCAUCUCCCAGAUCCAAUUUUUCAAAAUCAAAAUCAUAAUUCCAGUAUGCUCUCCUAUCGCUCUGUUGAUAUCCGAAAAUCCCUUCAACUCGAAGAACUUCUCCAACGCGAAGAACUCGAAUUCAUCAUCGAAGAAGAAGUUGCCAAACAAACCAUCCGAACGUGGCUCGAAGGCUGCCUUCGUAAAAUGCGAAAUCCCAGUCAAAAAGAUUCUGAAUCACUCAAACUCCCACAGCCAAUCACCACCACUCAUUUGCCGCAUUCCUCAAUGGCUCACGACAAUGAUCCGAGUCAACAAAGAUUGCGAUUUGUGACACCGCUCGAUAUUGCAACACCUAUGGAGAUUGGUGGAAGUGGGGGGAAUGAGGUGACGAGUUCGGAUGAGGAAGGUGGAGAUGAGGUUGUGACACCGCCGCCGAGACGGAAGAAGACUGGUGUGAAGAAUCGGAGGGGAAGUAUUCCGGAAGCAUUUACGGUAAGAAGUGGCAGUGUAAAACAUAAAAUGAGUAUUUUACGGUUUUGAAAACCCGUAAAAUCCCGUAGAAUUUUGUCACUGAACCUUUUAACUAAAAACAUCAAGAAAUUUCUUUAAAAAUUAUCUCAAAAUUUUAUUUUAAAAAUGUUGAAUUUUUUUGAAGUUUCAAUUUGAUUCUGUAAAAUUUAUUAUAAUUAGUGUUAUUUUCGUUUAAAAAAAUUAUUUUACAAUUUUUUUUGGUAGCGUAAAACCGUAAAAUUUUCCAGGUCUAAUUUAGAAACCAGGAGGGUCUGCUUUGAAAAAAAGGCCCCCUUACCAACUUUUCUUUCCAGAGAACUGGUCUAUUCCAAGAAGCGGCUCGAAAAUUCAUGGUCGGCUCGUCAUCCAGUGAAAAAAAGCAUGCAAGUAUUAAGGUAUGUACAAAUAAUUUUUGUCUCCCGUCCACCUUUUUUUUCUGUUUAGUCGUCGUGUCGAUCGCCUGAAACGUGUCAGCUUUUGCCAAAACGUGCGCAAUCUGAUCGACAACAAAAAUCGUCGGCAGGAAGUGGAUCGGCCAAGAAUUUUCAUGUAGGUUUUGGAUUACGGCGAGCUUUUCAACGUUGCUCCGCGUUUACAUGUUGAUUCAUUAUUUGUCCCGGAUAUUAGUUGGGUUUUUUGCAGCUUCAACUCAAUGUCUAUGAUCUACCGGAUGUUGAAGAACGCGGCGAAGAUUCACCAUUUUCACCCAAAAACAUUUGCAAAGACGAAGAAAGCCAUUCACCAUUAGCUGUCACACCAUCUGUCCCGAUUUCUUCGACUCAAGGAAGCCCGAGAAGAUUUGCCCCGCCGAUUUUGGCGGAUACACCAAAAGAUAUUGAUAAAUGGUGGAGAUUGUUGAAUGAUUAG